AUGCAACAUCUCCCAAAAGAAAUAACAGAUAAUUUUGACGUGAUUGACACUAUAAACUUUUGAUUCUUUGGAGUUGUCUAUAAAGUGCAAAGAAUUUGUAAAAUUUUAUAUAGCUGACAAUAAGCUUUUUGCUAUGAAAAUUGUAGUGAAAAAGGCUGAUGAUUCCAAGAGCUGAAAAGAUAUAGAAAAUGAAAUUAGGAUUCUUUCUGUGCUAAAUAACCCAUAUCUGCUGCAUUUAGAGAGAAAAGUUGAGAAAAAUAUGAAUGUUUAUAUGAUUAUAGAUUAUUGCAAGCAGCACGAUCUGCUUAAGCAUAUUGCUGACAAGCUAUCAAGUGAUCAGGUAUUUCAAGAAAACGAGAUAUGGAAAUAUUUUAUCCAAAUUUGUUUUGGGCUGGAAUGCUUACAUUCAAAUGGCUAUAUUCAUAGAGAUAUCAAGCCAGAAAAUAUUUUGUUAGAUGAAAAUAUGAAUGUCAAAACAGGAGACUUUGGGCUGUCUAGAUAUCUUAUAACAUCUUCUAUUGGAGGUACUCCUCAUUAUUAUUCACCUGAAAUUUGAGAUGGGGUUACUCCAUCUAAGGAGAGCGACAUAUGGGCUCUUGGCUGCGUAAUUUAUCUUCUCUGCAUGCUUAAGCACCCUUUUGAAGGAAAUAUGAAAAAAGUGAAAGAGGAAGAGCAGGCACCUAUAAGAAAUUAUUCAAAUGACUUGAAAAAUCUAGUGGAUUGGUGCUUAAAGAAGGAAAAAUGUGAGAGGCCAACCAUAAAUGAUAUUUUAACACAGCCUUUUGUGGUUCGCAAAGUGACAAGCUUGCGCAUUAAAAUCCCAUCUCAAUCUGUUUUGAUACAGUAUUUAUGCGGUAUGAUGGAGAGCAAUCCUUUAUCGAAUUUAACGCUAAAAAAUACUGAUGAAAGUAGUAAAGAGGAAGAAAAAGAAGAUGAGACACUUUUAGUAGGGAUUGAAGAAGUAAAAGUUAAUAAAAUCCCUUCAUCAACUCAUUUUAAUGGUUUAUAUAGCCCUCUAUCUGAAUCAGAUGAACUUGUAUAUGUAAAAGACAGCACAACCGAUUUAAUCACACUUAACUUGAAUUCAAAAACACUUUCAAAGAGCAGUAACUUAAGCCAUAAAAUUGAUUCGUAUGGAUCUGCAUAUAUACCAAUAGAUCAAUCAACUUUUUUUUAUGGAGGGCUAGAUUGACUUAGUAAUAGAAUUACAGGUGAAGCUUUUAUUGUUGAUAAAAACAAAGUUAUAAGAGAAGUUGCAGAUGGGGCACCAACUUAUUGCGUUGGGCUCGUUUAUCAUGAAAACUGUAUUUAUGCAUUAGGAGGAGUUGAUCAGCCAGUAUCAACUAAGUCCCCCCCCCUUUAAAUUGAAACAAAAUAUAGGUAAAAAUCCUACUUUUUUGGGAAAUUACCCCCCUUUAAAUUGAAACAAAAUUUUAUUAUAAUAGAAAAUUUUAUAGGUAAAAAUCAUUAUUUUAUAUGUAAAUACGUUAAUACCCUAUUUAAUAUGCUUCAAACAUAUAAGAUUUAGAAAUUAAACUCUAUUUUGUCCAAUUGUUAUGGGGAGAGUUAGAAGAAUACCAUUUCAGCAAGUUUACACUUUGAGAUUGAGAAAUUUAUGAAUUAAUUUUUCAUGAAAUUCUUUAAAUUUAUAUAAUUUUAUUUCUAUAAAAUUUUAUCUCUGAAAAAAUUUUUAUAUGUAAAUUUUUUUAUAAAAAAAAUUUUCUUAACCCACCUUUAAAUUGAAACAAAAUUUUUUGUUUCAAUUUAAAGGGGGGGGGAGUAAGUAUAUUUCGCGAGCAACUACGACUCGGCCUUGCUCCCCUCUCUUCACAACCUCUGGAGGCUUUAUUUAAAAUGAAAAGGAUUAUGGAUUUGACACGUCAAAUUGAUUUUAGCAAUUUCAUCUAACUGAAAACUGUCAGGGAUAGGGGAGGAGAAGUCAAGUAGAGCUAUAACUGUGCUCGCACUAUACAUUUUAUCUACUAAUCGCUGACAAAGCUGUGCUCCUCUUCCUGAGAAAAAUUUUACAUGGUCUUGCUGUUCAACAUUCUAUGACCAUAUUUUAAUAGUUGUAGACACCUAA